GCUGCCACUCUCUGCCUGCCUUUCACUCGGCCUCAUCUAUCUGUAAAUACAGUUGUUGUAUAGAUAUAUUUGUUUUAUGUUUAUUCAAACGGCGUGAGGUGAGGAGGCUAUCUCUCUCUGGGCAAGGAUCCCCUGCUGUGCACAGCAGGGGCUGUGCCAAUAUUUACACACACAAUACAUUAUUUUAUAAAAAAUAUAUUAAUAUUUUAUUAUUAUUAUUUUAAAUUAAAUUAUUGUGCUGUGUGUAACAGCAUCCCCUGCUGUGCUAUCAGCCACAGCAGGGGAUCCAAAUCCAUCUCUCUCUCUCCUUCAUUCCUACGCACGUACACACGUUACCUACAUCCCUACGCCUAUCUAUGUGUUUAGCUGUCAACUAAGCGCAUUUUCGUAUUUCGUCUUUUCAUUUCGGAUCUGUACGAAUUAGUUGCUCUGUUGGCUGUUGGAUUUACGCAGCUGUUCCUCCAUUUCUCUGUUUAUAUAUGGAAACUUUUCCUUGCUUUCAAAUCCUGUAUUUUUGAGGUUGAUCAGUCCAAUGAAACGUUGCAACGGAAAGGAAGGACGUCUAGCGAAUUCGUAGAAGGAGGUUGCAGGAAAAAAAGGUGAUUUGAAAUCUUCAUAUUACUGAGAUCGUGUACGCUUGUUGAUUAAAACGGCGAUUUAUGUGAAUGUAUGUUAUGUUACUGAAUAAAUGAUGGAUACAUUCUUGUAACUUGUAUGACCAGUGAAUGUUUGCUACACAACUGCUGAGGAUUCUUGAAGUUGAAACUUCUCCCACAGAUGUGAAGGGUGAAAACUGUGUCUGUGACUCAGCUGCACAAGACAUGAUGAUAAUGAAGGAGAAUCAGGACGGAACUCAUUACGACUCUAAAUAUUUGGGGAGGGGCUCUGAUCCCGCGCCUGUUCGAAGUAAAGAAACGCACCAUCCUUCACCUUUUGAUGUAAAAGGCACAGAGGUGUAUUGGAACCCUAAACUUAAAGAUGAUCUUUCCACAAACAGAAAUGGACACCUUAAAAGGGACGUGUUUCAAAAUGGACCUCUUUGUCGUCAGGAAAGUCUGGAGGAUGAUAUAGAUUCAGUAUCGUCUGACACAAAUGCUAAAGAUGAAGUGCAAACCACACCAGAGCAUGAUAAUGAAAAUGGAUCAAGUGAUUGUAUGUCUCCAUAUGUAGCUACUGCUUCAGACUUGUUUGGUAGAGAUAAACAUUUGUAUAUGGAUAAAAAUGUGUUGGAAUAUCAGCGACCUGAGUUGGUAGUUUGCUAUAAGGAACUCAAUUAUCAUGUUGUGAAGGAUAUAUGCGUUGAUGAGGGAAUGCCUGCAAACAGAAGAAUAUUGAUUGAUAAUAUUGAGGAUAGUCAGUCUGGGAAUUGUUUUCCACAUCCUCAGAAUGAUCAUAGCAACCAUGAGGCUACUGGAGGUGUUGAUGACAAAUUUCUCAUAUCAAAUGUAGUAGAAGCUGCUACUUCACUGGAGGAUUCAGAGUUUGCUGUUGCCAAUCAGCAGGGGAGCAAUGAGAUAUUCCUUGUCCAAGGCCAGCCAAAUUCUCCGUCAGAAAGAUCUUCAUUCAAGGAUACCACCACAGGUUGUAAUCUGGAGGAGUCGAUACAGAAGGAUGGAAUGGAUUUUGGAGCUACUGGAGAAGCAGCAACGCAUGCUCCUGAUGUGGAGUCUUUUGUAGAUGAGACUCUUCCAAUUCAAGAAUUUGGCACUCGUAGUUUCCUCAGAUCUUUUCUCAGUGCUUUUGAUGCUGAUGGAAAUGAGCUGCCAGAUCAGCAGUUUUCUGAAGGUCCUGCUGCGACAUCAACAGAAGCAAGGCCGAAGGAGGAUGCGCAGAAAAGUAGCUUAAAAUACAACAGUCACGUGGAAACAAAAAGCAUAACGUUCAAUUUCAACUCCUUGGGUGCUACAAGUGGGGAAACAGAACUCAUAAAGGAACAGCCUGUUGACUCGAGAGAGGUGAUCGAAUCUGAAAUUCCUUCAGAUCCUAGGCAAAGAGGACAACCUCAGGAUUCUGGCAGAAAUGACAUGAACAACAAUAAUAAUGCUCUGGAUCAGUCCCUUGACUGCAAGGAUGAUAGGGCUGCUGACAAUGGACCAGUUGUUAGUCUACGGAGAUAUGAUCCGGGGGAGUCGAGCUUUUCUGCAGACAGUUACAUAACACACUCAGUGCCAAUAACAUUUUCUGGAAACGUUUCCCUUCGCUCAGAUGGCAGUGCAACCAGUGGCAGAUCUUUUGCCUUCCCAGUAUUACAAUCUGAAUGGAAUUCCAGUCCAGUGAGAAUGACAGAAGCCGAGAGGAGACGUUUUCGGAAACACAAGUGUUGGAGAUCUGGCCUUCUCUGUUGUAGAUUCUAAAGGCUUUUAACUACAUGUUAGGUUGUUAGGUGCAGAAGGCUAAAUCUAAAUUAAAUUAUUUUUGUUUUAAUUAAAAUUUCUCUAGCCUUGUUGUGUAAAAUGCCACAUGCAUUAUUUAUCUAAACUAUUUUUAUGUAAAAGAACACAAGUUCCUUUUCAGGACCUCCCUCUUGAAUAAACAGUAUUCUUUAUUUAA